AAGUUUCAGAUUCUCCUGCUACUUUGCAUGGCCCGAGCCAGGGACUGAGAGGACAUGUAGCCUAAUAUGGCCAGUUCUGCCUCUAAGGGUUACCUGACUGUGACACUCAGGAUAAGAGAUGAAGGCAAUGUCAUCAGGACACGCAGACAAACAAGAUGGCCAGGACAUGUUCACACCAUGGUUAGGGAGGCUGCAAAGUAUCUGACAGAAGCUCUUCAAGCAGCUAAUGAAGUGGAACUAGAAGACAUGAUAGAAAAUAUAAUUGAUGCUGUUGAAAAACAGUCUUUGUCAUGCAACAUGGUUGAAAGGCCCAUGGUGGAAGCAGCAGUCUUGGAGUGCAGCAAAUCGUUAGAUGAAGCAAUAGAACAUAAUUUCAACAUUAUUGGAGCUUUUGAUAUUCCACGAUAUAUUUACAAUUCUGAACGAAAGAAGUUUCUACCCCUCUCAAUGACCAACCACCCUGCACCUAACUUAUUUGGCUCUGCCAGGGAUAAAGCAGAAUUGUUUCGUGAACGUUACAUCAUUUUGCAGCAGAGAACCCAUAGGCAUGAAUUAUUCUCACCAUCUGCUGUUGGCGCACACACAGAUGAAAGCAGAAAUAAAUUCCAGCUCAAAACUGUAGAAACUCUCUUGGGCAGCUCUGCCAAAAUGGGAGAAGUGAUUGUUCUUGGCAUGAUAGCCCAGCUUAAGGAGGGAAAGUUUUUCUUGGAAGAUCCUACUGGAGUUGUGCUAUUGGACCUUAGUAAAGCACAGUUCCACAGUGGUUUAUAUACAGAGUCAUGUUUUGUUUUAACAGAAGGCUGGUACGAAGAUGAAGUAUUUCAUGUCACUGCUUUUGGAUUCCCUCCUACAGAAUCUUCUGCUACAACUAGGUAUUUUAUUUAUUUCCUGUACCCUCAGGAGGAAUGGUCUAUGCUUAU